AUGCAUAACGGGGUUUCCGCCUCCGUGUCCGCGCCCGAGGCUGCGCUCGAGCUGGCGGAUCCAGAUGAUUCGCAGCUGCUGGCCAAAAUGGGAUAUAAGCAGGAACUCAGAAGACAGUAUUCCACCGUCCAGGUUUUUGCGAUCGCGUUUAGUAUUAUGGGACUUGUACCGAGUAUUGCGUCGACUUUGUCGUUUUCGUUGCCUGCGGGUCCCGUGGGAAUGGUUUGGGGAUGGUUCAUGGCGAGUAUCUUCAUUAUCGUUGUGGGGUUGGCGAUGUCUGAUCUUGCUUCGGCAAUGCCUACAGCUGGUGGGUUGUAUUGGUGGACGCAUCAUUUCGCUGGCGAGAGGUAUAAGAGGCCUUUCAGUUUCCUGAUAGGGUAUAGUAACACGCUUGGCCUGAUUGGGGGAAUUUGCUCUGUGGAUUAUACACUAUCCCUGAUGAUCCUGUCUUGUGUAUCCAUCUCACGAGACUCGCCCUGGUCUGCCUCGCGCGGAGUCAUUUACGGGGUUUAUGUCGGACUGAUCCUUCUCCAUGGAUUUUCGGGCGCGUUAACGGGUCGCCUGAUGCCAAAAAUCCAAACUGCUUGCAUUUACAUCAACAUCGCAUUGGUGAUCGCCACUGUGGUCGCGUUACCGGUCGGAAAAGUGACGCGAGGCGAAUCUUUGAACUCCGGAAGCUACGUCUUCCGCCACAUGGACAAUGAAACCGAGUGGCCGACAGGAUGGGCGUUCAUGCUGGCAUGGCUUGCUCCGAUCUGGUCAAUUGGUUCUUUUGAUUCAUGUGUGCAUAUGAGCGAAGAGGCCAUGCACGCCGCAAAAGCUGUACCAUUGGGGAUCAUGUUCUCUGCUGGCUCAGCGUGUGUCCUUGGUUUUUUGGUGUUGGCUGUCAUUGCGGCGACGAUGAACCCCAAUGUCUCUGUGACUUUGAACAGUAAAUUUGGACAACCGAUGGCUCAGAUCUAUUACGAUGCACUUGGCAAAAACGGCGCCCUCGGCUUCAUGAUAGUACUCUGCAUAAUCCAAUUCCUUAUCGGUCUCAGCUUAAUUGUCGCCGCUUCCAGACAAUCCUGGGCUUUCUCCCGAGAUGGAGCCCUCCCAUUCUCCAAUUUCUUCCGACAUGUCAGCCAGAGGAUCCCGUUCCAGCCCGUGCGAAUGAUAUGUGGCUUGGUCGUGAUGUCCAUCAUACUUGGCUUGCUCUGCUUGAUCAACAGCGCCGCUGCAAAUGCCUUGUUCUCGCUUUUUGUAGCGAUCUGGGGGCAGGAGAGGUUCGUUCCAGGAGAGUUUUACACCGGGAGGUUUAGUCAGGCGAUCGGUACCGUUGCUGUGGUUUACUUGCUGUUUGGAAUGAUCCUGUCGAUGUUUCCUACCACUGGACCGAACCCUUCGCCGUCGAAUAUGAAUUACACCAUUGUGAUCAACGGGUUUGUCUGGCUUGGAUGUAUGAGUUACUACUUCCUAUUCGCUAGGCGCUGGUAUACCGGUCCAUGUGUAACGGUUGACGAGCCUAGCUCCGCCAGUUCGAAACACGGGAUUUUCACGACUGAAAACUCGCGAGAGAAGACUACUGUCAGUGGUAAAGCAGAGUAG